UGCCGCUCCGGAACCGCUUCUGUGCGCGCAGAACUUCAGCUUGUUGCGAUUGAAGCAGAGCUUGAGAAGUUGUGCUUCGCCGGCGCAGUAGAGGAGCAUCGGGGUCCCACGCGCCUCCGACUUAUUGAGAGAGAAGAGAAGGAGAGAGUUAGGGUUCUGAGAGUGGGGUUAAUUUGUGGAGGUCCCUCGGCGGAGCGUGGAAUUUCUCUCAACUCAACUCGAUCAGUUCUUGAUCACAUUCAGGGAGGUGAUAUACAUGUGAAUUGCUAUUACAUUGAUCCUGACCUUAAUGCGUUCGCAAUAUCCCCUGCUCAGGUAUGCUCAAACACUGCAGCGGAUUUUGAUUUUAAACUUGCAAGCCUUGCCCAAGGUUUCGAGUCUUUGUCCGACUUCGCCGAACACCUGGCUGCCUCUGUGGACAUGGUGUUUCCAGUCAUACAUGGUAAAUUUGGUGAAGAUGGUGGCAUUCAGGAGUUGCUGGAAAAGUAUAACAUUCCAUUUGUUGGCACGGGAUCAAGUGAGUGUUGCCAAGCAUUCGAUAAGUACAAUGCCUCAUUGGAGCUCAGCAGACAAGGAUUCAUAACAGUACCAAGUUGUUUAAUACAGGGAAGUGAAGCAGAUGAAUCUGAACUGUCAAAGUGGUUUGCAAGAAAUCAACUGGACCCUAAGUCAGGGAAAGUUGUGGUAAAAACAACACGAGCAGGAUCAAGCAUUGGUGUUACGGUUGCAUAUGGCCUGGCUGAUUCCCUUAGCAAGGCUAAUGCAAUUAUUACAGAGGGAAUUGAUUCCAGAGUCCUCGUUGAAAUCUUUCUUGAAGGAGGGAGUGAGUUUACAGCUAUUGUUCUUGAUGUGGGAUCUGGUUCAGAUUGCCAUCCUGUUGUAUUACUACCAAAUGAGGUGGAACUUCAAUUCCAUGGCAGUGUUGAUGUUACGGAGAAGGAUGCAAUUUUCAACUACCGGAGGAAAUGCCUUCCAACACAGCAGGUUGCCUAUCACACUCCACCUCGUUUUGCUAUUGAUGUCAUUGAAAGUAUUCGAGAAGGAGCAUCUCGGUUAUUCCAAAAGCUUGGCCUCCGUGACUUUGCUCGAAUUGAUGGAUGGUUUCUGCCUCAAUCUAUUCAUGUAACAUCAUCGUCAGAUAGCAAAUUUGGAAGGACUGAGAUGGGUACAAUAUUAUUUACUGACAUUAACCUGAUUAGUGGGAUGGAGCAGACCAGCUUUUUGUUUCAGCAAGCCUCGAAGGUUGGUUUUUCUCAUUCAAAUAUUCUCCGGAGCAUAAUUCGUCAUGCUUGUGUGCGGUAUCCGAAUCUUGCAUCAUUUGGCAGUGUAUCAGAUUAUGCGCCUAGAAGAUCAAAAACCUCAAUGCUUAAUGAAGCAGUUCAUAAUUGCAACGGCACUCGAAAAGUUUUUGUUAUUUUUGGAGGAGAUUCAUCAGAGAGGCAAGUAUCUCUUGUCAGCGGAACAAAUGUUUGGCUCAACUUGCAAGCUUUUGAUGAUCUCGAAGUAAUUCCAUUUUUGCUUGCCCCCACAACUGGAGAUUCAUCUAACGAAUUUGAUGUGAGUUCCAGAACAGUUUGGUCUUUACUUUAUUCUCUUGUGCUAAGACAUACCACAGAGGAAGUUCUUGAUGCAUGCAUAGAGGCAAUUGAACCUGACCGAGUUGCACUUACAUCUCACUUAAGGAACAGAGUUGUUCAAAAUCUCAUGGAAGGCUUGAAGAAACAUUCCUGGUUUACGGGUUUUGAUAUUACUGAUGAACCACCUGUUAAAUUAACUGUUGAACAGUGGAUCAAGCUAGCCAAGGAAGCUCAGGCUACAGUUUUUCUUGCAGUACAAUUUAACAUAAUUACUAAUGUCUGA